GUCACACUGGAGGUAAACCCUACCCCAGUGGGAAUGUCAAAGUUAAAAGACUACCACCAUGCGGGCGUGAACCGUUUCUCCAUUGGGGUCCAGUCUCUGCAGGACAAGGACCUGAAAAGUUUGGGAAGAGACCACAAUUCCCUGGAUGCUUUGCAGACUCUGGCAGAGGCCAGGAAGCUGUGUCCAGCUCACCCUUGAGAGAGGUACUCAGCUGUUUAAACAGGUCCAGUCUGGACAAGUAACCAUGCCCACAGAGGAAAUCACAGCAGAGAUGUACCAAUGUGCCAGAACAACUCUCCAGCAGCACGGCUUUCAGCAGUAUGAAGUGUCUAACUUUGCUAAAAAUAAUUCAGAGAGUCGUCACAACCUGAGCUACUGGACGGGAAGACAGUACAUCGGUGUUGGCCCUGGAGCACAUGGACGUUUUGUUCCCCUUGGGGAGAGAGGCGUUGCCCGUGAGGCCCGGACACAGACCCUGGAGCCGGAUGUGUGGAUCCGCGAAGUCCGGCAGCGAGGACAUGGGACACGGAGGCGGAUCCAGCUGGGCCAUCUUGAACUAUUAGAGGAGGUGUUAGUGAUGGGAAUGAGAAUGACCAUGGGCAUUAGUCACAAGCACUGGGAGCUGUUUAGCCCUGAAUUAAGUCUUCUUGAAAUAUUUGGUGGAUCUCUUGUUGUCCAAGAGCUGCUGCAACGUGGACAGCUGAUUCUUGAUGACAGGGGUUUGAGAUGUUCCUGGGAGGGUCUGGCCUUACUGGACAGCAUGCUUCCUGUUUUGCUGGUGGAACUGGAAAGAGGUUUUUCCCAAAAACUGGCAGCUAACUGACAAUGAAGAUCUAUAACUCUCUAAAUCACAACCAUGUAAAAAAUAAAAAAUAAAUAAGAAUUUGCACAAUCCGUUGAAUUGCCUAAACAUGACAGAUAUGUGUAAAAGAAUAAAGUAUUUAUUUGUUUAAAAAAUAUGUCAGAUUUGAUACAAUCUGUUUUUGUUUGUUUUUUUUAGAAAUGCUCAAAUAUUUUACUUCUGCUUUAUGUUUUUUUUUUAAUGAAUAAUAUUUUGUAACCCUCUAUGCAGCUUUAACAGGAUAUUAGAUGUCAGUUCAAAAAGUGUGUUUUAUAUCUUAAUUUCUUUUCUUGCAGUCUUUUUCAGGUUAUUUUAAAUACAAGGAUAUAUGUUUAAUUUUAGACCGUUUUUGUAAUAUUUGCUGCUUUAUUAGUUAAACUGCUGAAGAUAAUACUUUCAAUUUCACUUUUAUUUUUAAUUGCAGUUUCUGGAGUACUAUAUAAUUAACUUAGAUUGGUUAAAAUAAUACUUUCUAUUUGGAUGCUACAUUUAUGUGCUAUAAUGCCUUGUAGAAGUAUAGACUUUGUCACAUAACAUCCAAAAACAUUUGUGUAUAGUUUUGUGAUUUUUUUUUUUGAUAGAGCAUUCUAUUUAUUACAGAAUUAAAAUGAAUGCAGAAACCUGGUAAGAAAUAAUGAAUGUUUUACUUAACACAUCUUUGUCCAAUCUAACUGGACAUAAUUAAGAACUGUUUUGUUUGUUUCUUUUUGUAAAUGUAUGUAUUUGGAAAAUAAAAAUGCAAAGAAAC